GCCAAGUCCUUUGCCAAGUUAUUACCUGGCAGUACAGAACAGCUCUUUGCUGUUUUUUUAAAGGGAGUUGCGCUCUUUUGGGAACGUCCACAAUACCACCCGACACCUCUGCGCGAAGAACCUUCUCAGUCUAGAUUUGACUCCUUACGUUCAUACUUCUGCAGCUAUUAGGGCUUGCACAGCACAGCCACGGACAGUCGGCGGUUCCAAAGCGGACAAGUAUGGAAAACCCAGGACCCGGCGGGUUGGGUGGCCCCGGCCCGGGUCCGUCGCAGCCGCCGAACGGAGGCGCAGCGGGCAACCUAGAGGCUGGUGGUGGUGCUGCUGCUGCAGGCACCGCGCAUCAGUCUCGUGGAGCGGGACAGUUCGACGGCGUCCAGCAGGGGGAGGAAUGGGAGGACGGGAAGGUGGAGCGCAAGCAGAGCGCAGCAAGUCCCAGCAACCGCGUAGCCAUGAAAGGCUGCAUGAAGGUGGGCUGCAAGCACUACCGGCGGCGCGCGCUCAUCGUAGCGCCCUGCUGCGGCAAAGUAUUUCCUUGCCGGCACUGUCACAACUAUGAGAUGAAAGACAUGGCGGAGGACCCCAAAGAUCGACACGAGCUGGAUCGCAAGGCCGUGCGCGAUGUGGUGUGCGCCAUAUGCGGCCUGAUGCAGCCCAAGGCGAAGGAGUGCGCCAACUGCUGCGUGACCUUCGGGCGCUACUCGUGCCUGGAGUGCUCCUUUUACGACGACGACCUCAGCAAGGAGUGCUUUCACUGCAAGGACUGCGGCAUCUGCCGCGUGGGCGGGCGGAAGAACUUCUUCCACUGCAACACCUGCAACUGCUGCUACGCGGUGUCGCUGCGGGACUCGCACGUGUGCAUCGAGAACUCCAUGCACGCCAACUGCCCUGUUUGCUGCGAGUUCCUGUUCGACUCGAUCAAGCCCAUCAACAUCAUGCUGUGCGGCCACACCAUCCACCAGGAGUGCCUGCGCAAGAUGGCGGAGCACCGCACCUACACCUGCCCGGUGUGCUCCAAGUCCAUCAUGAAGCCCGAGGACAUGAACGCCGUGUGGGAGGAGAUGGACCGCGAGCUGCAGGCCACGGCCAUGCCGGCCGAGUACGAGAACGUGAUGGUGAACAUCCUGUGCAACGACUGCCUGGCGCACUCCAACGUCAAGUUCCACGUGCUGGGGCACAAGUGCGAUAUGUGCGGUAGCUACAACACGCGGCGCACGUAAGCGCGAUAAGGCGCAGGAGACUGUGUGGAGGCGGGGGCAGCGGGCUCGCGCUGUCGAGGCGCUGAGGCAUUGAGGCGGCGGUGACGGUGGCGCCGGUGGUGCAGAUGCAGGAGACGGCCGCAGUAGCGCAGCGUGGCGAUUGGCAAGCGACACUGUGGGUGUGUUAGACGAGGACAUGUGUGUCGGUGUGUGUGUGUGUGUGUGUGUGUGUGUGUGUAUGUGUAUGUGUGUGUGUUUUCGUGUGUGUGUGUGUUCUGGACAUGCGAGCUGGAGUGACAGGGAAGCCAAUGAAGCUCAGGCAAGGCAGGCGGGUGGUAGGCGGCCUGCGGCGACGUAUGGCGACGUGGCGGAUAGCGGCUGUCACGCUUUGAGCGGGUUGUUAUUGCCGUGGACACGCGGUAUUAGGUGGGGGACACGCGGUGUCAGGGUUGGGAGGUGUCGGAGGCAGGGAAUGUGCACUGCUGGAUGGAUGGGGGUCGCCUACCUCACAAUUAUGGUCAGACACAGAUGGGUUCACACUGUGUACAACUGCCAGGCAGGCACGGGACAUGGCAAGCUAUUGACUACGGAUGAUGUCUUUUUAAAAGAUACAUUGCAGUACGUGUGAGGACGUUACGGGCUGUAAAUUGGCGAUAAGGUUGAUGGCGUUGUACAAGGCCAUGGCGUUGGAUUAGCAUGGGGUGGGUGGCUGUUGUGGGGUCCCAGUCAACGAGUCAAGAGAAGGUGCUGUUUGGACGACUGGACCGCUGGACGGUGCUACGGCGAGUGGGGGCGCAGCAUCCGACACAGCGAGUUGAGGCCUUGAGGGGUGGCGAUUGGACAGGGUAAGGGGCAGGUGGAGUAGUGACUAUGGGGAAGCAAGUAGCAAGUGGAGGCGGCCUUACGUGCUUAAUUGCAAAUUGUAUACCAUGAUGCAGGA